CAUGACCUGUUCACUUGGAAACAGGCUGCCGUCUUCACAUACAUCUCUGUCGUAAAGCUUUCAAAGCGUUUCGGACCCACCAGCCAUCAUAAGUGCACUGGGUAACGCCAAAUUGAGCUUUGAGCUCGGGCGACGAAUAAAGAGCUGCCAUGACGAGGGGAAAUCAGCGUGAACUUGCCCGUCAAAAGAAUGCUAAGAAGCAAAAUGAACAUGGCAAAGGGAAGAGAAAUGAAGAUGGCCUCUCCUCAGCUGCUCGUAAGCAGAGAGAUGCUGAAAUCAUGCAGCAGAAGCAAAAAAAGGCAAAUGAGAAGACAGACAGUAAAGGCAAAUAACCAGAGGAGGAUGUUGUGACAAACAUGGCAUUCUGAAUUCUUGGCCUGCGAGUCUUUUUGUCAUGAGAGAAUAUCUGUCAUUCUGAACAUGUGGAGGCUUGGAUUCUUUAAUUUUUGUACCCCAAAGUCCAUAAUGUGCUUGUAAGGGCAAAUCACCAAUACAGUACAUAAUGAUUUGUGGUUAGUUUGUGUUCAGCUGUGGAGGAGACCGUUCUUUCAAAUAAUCAGCGCAAUCCCAAAUAGGGAUCUCAAAACAUCUGGACUGGCAUUGCAACCCUGUACUUUUGUAUCAAGUGCCCUUCUUAAUAAAGUGUACAUUUUAAUUCACAUGUAGCAAUUCAACUUUUAUUUCUAAAACAUG